AUGGAGUUUGUGCGGGCGCUGUGGCUCGGCCUGGCGCUGGCUCUGGGGCCGGGGCCCGCUGGCGGCCACCCGCAGCCGUGCGGCGUCCUGGCGCGCCUGGGGGGCUCCGUGCGCCUGGGCGCCCUCCUGCCCCGCGCGCCCGCCGCCCGCGCCCGCGCCCGCGCCGCCCUGGCCCGCGCCGCCCUGGAGCCGCGGCUGCCGCACAACCUGAGCCUGGAGCUGGUGGCCGUGGCGCCCCCCGCCCGCGACCCCGCUUCGCUGGCCCGCGGCCUGUGCCGGGCGCUGGCGGCGCCGGGCGUGGCGGCCUGGCUCGCCUUCCCCGAGGCGCGCGCCGAGCUGCUGCAGCUGAACUUCCUGGCGGCCGCCACGGAGACCCCCGUGCUCAGUGUGCUGCGGCGGGAGGCGCGCGCGCCCCUCGGAGGCCCGACCCCGUUCCACCUGCAGCUGGAUUGGGCCAGCCCCCUGGAGACACUGCUGGACGUGCUGCUGUCGGUGCUGCAGGCACACGCCUGGGAGGACGUCGGCCUGGUACUCUGCCAUGUCCGGGACCCCAGUGGCCUGGUGGCCCUCUGGACAAGCCGGGCUGGCCGGGCCCCGCAGCUUGUGCUGGACCUGAGCCGGCCAGCCUCGGAGGAUGCAGAGUUGCAGGUGCGCCUGGCCCCACUGAGGGCGCCGCUGGGGGGUGAAGCCCCAGUACCUGCAGCCGUCCUGCUGGGCUGUGAUGGCCCCCGCGCCCGUCAGGUGCUGGAGACGGUGCCUCCUGGUCCCCGCUGGCUUCUGGGAACUCCGCUGCCUGCCAAGGCACUGCCCACAGCAGGUCUGCCUCCAGGGCUGCUGGCACUGGGUGAGGUAGCUCGACCCCCACUGGAUGCUGCCAUUCACGACGCCGUGGAGCUGGUGUCCCGGGCACUGGGCAGCGCGGCCCAGGUGCAUCCCGAGCGCGCCCUCGUCCCCACCGUGGUCAACUGUAAUGACCUGCAGCCAGCCCGGCAGGAGUCCUCAGGGCGCUUCUUGGCACGGUUCCUGGCCAACACGUCCUUCCACGGCCGCACAGGGCCAGUGUGGGUGACAAGCACCUCCCAGGUACACAUGGCUCGGCACUUCAAGUUGUGGAGCCUGCGCCGGGACCCGCUGGGCGCCCCGGCCUGGGCCACGGUGGGCAGCUGGCGGGACGGGCGGCUGGACUUGGAGCCAGGUGGUGCCGCUGUGCAGCCCCCACGCCCGCCGGGCACCCAGGCCCGGCCCAAGUUGCGCGUGGUGACACUGGUGGAGCACCCGUUUGUGUUUGCCCGAGAGCCAGAUGAGGACGGGCAGUGCCCAGCGGGGCAGCUGUGCCUCGACCCUGGCACCAACGACUCGGCCACCCUGGACUCGCUGUUCGCCGCGCUGGCCAAUGUCUCGGUGCCCCGCGCCCUGCGGAAGUGUUGCUACGGCUACUGCAUCGACCUGCUGGAGCAGCUGGCAGAGGACGUGCCCUUUGACUUCGAGCUAUACAUCGUGGGGGAUGGCAAGUACGGCGCCCUGCGGGAUGGCCGCUGGACCGGCCUGGUGGGUGACCUGCUGGCCGGCACGGCCCACAUGGCGGUCACCAGCUUCAGCAUCAACUCAGCCCGCUCGCAGGUGGUGGAUUUCACCAGCCCCUUCUUCUCCACCAGCCUGGGCAUCAUGGUGCGGGCACGGGACACAGCCUCACCCAUCGGCGCCUUCAUGUGGCCGCUGCACUGGUCCAUGUGGGUGGGCAUCUUCGCAGCCCUGCACCUCACCGCGCUCUUCCUCACCCUUUAUGAGUGGCGCAGCCCCUAUGGCCUCACGCCCCGGGGCCGCAACCGGGACACGGUGUUCUCCUACUCCUCGGCCCUCAACCUCUGCUACGCCAUCCUUUUCGGACGCACUGUUUCCAGCAAGACGCCCAAAUGCGCCACGGGGCGCUUCCUCAUGAACCUCUGGGCCAUCUUCUGCUUGCUGGUGCUGUCCAGCUACACGGCCAACCUGGCCGCUGUCAUGGUCGGGGACAAGACCUUUGAGGAGCUGUCAGGGAUCCAUGACCCCAAGCUGCACCGCCCGCCGCAGGGCUUCCGCUUCGGCACGGUGUGGGAGAGCAGCGCCGAGGCCUACAUCAACAAGAGCUUCCCCGAGAUGCACGCGCACAUGCGGCGCCACAGCGCACCCACCACGCCGCGCGGCGUCGCCAUGCUCACGAGCGACCCCCCCAAGCUCAACGCCUUCAUCAUGGACAAGUCGCUUCUGGACUACGAGGUCUCCAUCGACGCCGACUGCAAGCUGCUGACCGUGGGCAAGCCCUUCGCCAUCGAGGGCUACGGCAUCGGACUGCCCCAGAACUCGCCGCUCACCUCCAACCUGUCCGAGUUUAUAAGCCGCUACAAGUCCUCGGGCUUCAUCGACCUACUGCACGACAAGUGGUACAAGAUGGUGCCUUGCGGGAAGCGGGUCUUCGCGGUUACAGAGACCCUCCAGAUGGGCAUCUACCACUUCUCGGGACUCUUCCUGCUGCUCUGCCUGGGCCUGGGCAGCGCCCUGCUCAGCUCGCUGGGCGAGCACGUCUUCUAUCACCUGGUGCUGCCACGCAUCCGCAGGGGAAGCAAGCUGCAGUACUGGCUGCACACCAGCCAGAAAAUCCACCGUGCCCUCAACACGGAGCUGCCAGAGGGACAGGAGGAGAGGACGGAGCCGGAGCUGAGUGGCCCCCAGGAGCAGCAGCAGCAGCAGGAUACGCCAGUGGCCCCCGAGAGCCCAGGGAGCUGGAAACAGGUGCGUCAGGCUGUGGGCAAGGAGCGUCAUGUACGUUUCCUGCUGGAGCCCGCUGUGGCUGCCUCGCUGGACAUGGAGGUGGGGGCUGGGCCACCGGAGGGCCCCCUCUGGCUGUGCUCCAACGGCCGGCCACCCACCGUGAUGCCCUCGGGUGCCUCGCAACCUGGCGAGCUGGAGGAGCUGGAGGAACACAUCGAAGGCGUGCGGGAGCGGCUGCGUCAGGCCCUUGUGCGGCGCGGAGAGCUCCUGGCCCAGCUCGGGGACGGCGCCCUUGACCGGCCAUUACGCCUGCUCCGGACCAUGGAGGCCCCCAGAGAAGCCCCAUGA